AUGUCGACUGACUAUAAAUUCGAGGGAUGGAUGGGAGAUGAUGCCGCUUCCGUCAAGGGCAACAUGGUUUGGAGGGAGUUUCUGCCAAAGGAGUGGGAAGAGACUGAUGUCGACAUCAAAGUCACUCACUCUGGUAUCUGCGGUUCAGACUUGCACACUCUGCGAUCAGGAUGGGGCGCUACCGAGUACCCCUGCGUUGUUGGACACGAAAUCGUUGGUGUUGCAGUUCGAGUAGGCUCCAAGGCUGAGGGUGAUAUCAAGGUUGGCGAUAUUGUUGGCGUUGGUGCUCAGAGUGAUUCUUGCCUUGGCCGCGACGGACCUUGCUCGACCUGCGAUGCAGGCCUGGAGCAGUACUGCGCUGGCAACGUCAACACGUACAAUUCCAGACAUCGCAACAACGGCAAAGCAUAUGGUGGCCACGCUUUGUAUCACCGAGCUCCUUCUCACUUCGUCGUCAAAAUCCCCAACGGCGUUGCCCUCGAGUUUGCUGCCCCUCUGAUGUGCGGAGGCAUCACCGUUUACUCGCCACUCAAGUUCCACGGCGCCGGUCCUGGUAAGAAGGUCGGCAUUAUCGGUGUCGGUGGUCUUGGACACUUUGCUGUGUUGUUUGCCAAGGCUUUCGGCGUUGAUGAGGUUGUCGGAAUCUCCAGGAGAGAAAGCAAGAGGGCGGAUGCUCUCAGCUUGGGAUGCGACGACUACAUUGCAACAAGCGAUGACAAAGAUUGGGUUAAGAACAACAAGGAACGCUUUGAUCUUAUCAUCUCAACCGCUUCUUCUGAGGAUAUGCCUUUGAAUGAGUACCUGGCACUCCUCAAGCUCAACGGAACGCUCGUGCAGGUUGGCGCUCCGGAAAACCCCGUCCCUCUCCGACCUUUUGCCCUGAUUGCUGGCCGCAAGAACCUCACUGGCUCAGGCAUCGGCAGCCCGGGUGAGAUUCGUGAAAUGAUGCAGCUCGCCGCUGACAAGCAAAUCAAACCAUGGGUUGAACUGCGACCUAUGAGCGACGCCAACCAGGCUAUGGUCGACUUGGAGGACGGCAAGCCUAGAUUCCGAUACGUCCUGGUAAAUGAGUGGUAA